UUAAAUUCUUAAAACACCUAUUUCCUAGCUUCCCUGCAAUUAGAUUCGGACACGUGUACUACAAACCGGCAUUACAAAAAUUUUCCACUAAUUAACCCAUGCCUCCCCCACUCACUCCCUCUCUAAUAAUAAUAAACAUAAAAUAAAAGAAUAUGCGUUGAGUAAUCAAUCGGUUUCUUUACACACGAAGGUAGUUUUCGUAAUUAAUCGGAGAAUUUCAGUGAAUAUCGAGCUCCUCAGGGAUAAACUCAUGGCAACUGCAACUAUGGCUACCGCAGCUGGUGCAGCUGCUCUUCUGUACUAUACAUUGAAUCGUAAAUUGCAGACAGAUAGGUCUGGUAACGAUGACAAUGAAAAUGGAAGUGAUUUGUCCAAUAAUCCUUCUUCAGGGCUUGAUCGCGUUUCGCAUAGGUUAAUUCAAGCUCCUGCAACGUGGGUAGAGACGAUUUCUACUUUGUCUGAAACUCUUAGGUUUACAUACUCUGAGACUCUAGGGAAGUGGCCCAUUGGAGAUUUGGCAUUUGGGAUCAACUUCUUAUUGAAGAGGCAGGGACAUUUACAUGUUGCAAGUGUAUUUGGUGGUAAAGAUAGCAUUGAGCUCAAAGGACCAGAUAUAAAUGCUGAACUUAAAUAUCUGUUAAACUUGUUGACAUUGUGCUGGCAUUUUUCAAAAAAACCAUUUCCUUUAUUUUUGGAGGAGACUGGUUAUGCAGAGGAAGAUGUUCUUCUCCAAGAACCCAAAGCAGGAAUUUUGAAGCCUGCAUUUACAAUAUUGGUAGACCACAAAACAGAAUGUUUUCUUCUAUUAAUUCGUGGAACACACAGUAUCAAGGAUACUCUGACAGCUGCAACUGGAGCUAUAGUUCCAUUCCAUCACUCUGUUGUGCAAGAGGGAGGAGUGAGUGAUUUAGUUUUAGGUUAUGCACAUUGCGGAAUGGUAGCAGCUGCUCGGUGGAUAGCAAAGCUUGCCACUCCUUGUCUUAUUAAAGCACUUGGUCAACAUCCAACUUAUAAGGUUAAGAUUGUAGGGCAUUCAUUGGGGGGAGGCACUGGUGCACUUCUAACUUAUGUGCUGCGGGAGCAAAAGGAGUUAUCAACAACUACCUGUGUCACAUUUGCUCCAGCUGCUUGUAUGACAUGGGAGUUAGCAGACUCGGGGACUGAUUUUAUUACUUCUGUUAUAAAUGGAGCAGACUUAGUGCCUACAUUCUCAGCUGCUUCUGUAGAUGAUUUGCGUGCUGAGGUGACGGCCUCUGCUUGGUUGAAUGAUCUGAGGAAUCAAAUUGAGCAUACAAGAAUUCUGAGUACCGUUUAUCGAUCGGCUUCAGCAUUGGGUUCUCGCCUUCCAUCUAUAGCCAGUGCUAAAGCAAAAGUUGCUGGGGCUGGGGCAAUUUUACGCCCAGUUUCUAAUGGUACACAGGUUGUUAUGAGAAGAGCGCAGAGCAUGGCUCAUGCAGCAUGGAAACGUCCUACCAUAAACCUGUCCUCCUGGUCUUGUAUUGGACCCCGUCAUCGUGGCACAGCUGCUCGAUCAAACUCGGAGGAAGAAGGAAAUACCUUGGAAUCUAGCCCCAACAAAGCAGAAAUGUCUGAGCCUCUCCUACCGUCUUCCCCAAUAAACUCAACUUCAAGUACAAAAGAAGCCAUUGAACUUCCUGUGUCUUCAUCAGGAGUUGAAUGGAGUUCCGAAAUUGUGUAUUCCUUUUCAGAUGAUAAACAACAUCGUGAUAGGGAUGCUGAGCUGAAAGUUGGUGAGGACCUUAUUAGCCACAACACGCAUGAUGAGUGCAUGAAUGAAGUUGAGUUGUGGCAACAACUAGAGCAUGAGCUUUACGAUAAAGCCGAAGAUGACGAGCGUGAUGUUGUUAACCAAAUAAGGGAAGAAGAAGCAGCAGCCAUUGCAGAGGUUAGAGGUGAGGGACAGUCGGAUACUUCAGUUCCAGAAACAAAGGAAGUGCACAGGUUUUUCCCUGCUGGAAAGAUAAUGCAUAUAGUUACACUUCAGUCUGAUGAGGUGGAGUCUGAAGUUGAUACUCCCAGCUUAAGUGAUGACACGGAUGAUAGGCAACGGACAAUGGAGGCAAAGAUUGGGAUUUUCCUUACACCGAGAUCCCUGUAUAGUAAAUUGCGGCUUUCCCAGACUAUGAUAAGUGAUCAUUUCAUGCCUGUUUAUAGAAGACAGAUUGAAAAGCUAAUAAAGGAGCUUGAAGAGGACCAACCUCCGAAUGUUCAGAAUCAGAACCAGACCCAGAACCAUGGUCAUGGUGUAUAUUCUGAACAGGAAGUCUCAUAGGAAAUCAUUUCCCCUCUCUUGAUGCAAGCAAAUUAUUUUCGAAAUCCUUUAUUUUUAUAUGUUAAACGUUUUUUCUUUUUGUUAUUUUCUCAUAUUAACGAUUCCUCCCCUUCUGAAUCCCACAGCACAGUUUUAUGUUGGUAUAUUUAUGUUUUGUAUUCAAGGGAGGGACUUAUUUACACCUGUGUAAAAUCAAAGAGUUCUACAGUUUCUUUAACCCUUGAAUCAAGAUUCAAUCUACUGUCAAAA